GCGAACUGAGGGCUUUUCUCGUACAGAUUGGGUGAAAUGCUGCUAUACGUGACAUACUCGUAGUUCUUGUCUCUUUUUCUAUCCAAGGACUAGUUGACAAGAUGUUGUCUCCUGCCGGAUCAGCUCUGCGACUGACGCUGUCCCGAGCUCAGGGACCCGGACAGCGGCUCGCCGUUGCUUCUCUGCCCUCCCGCCGGUUAAAAGGAGCGGCCCGGAUCCACAGUCGUGCUGGCGUGCCCGGCCGCCAAAUGUCGACGGUAGUCGAGGACCAUGUCAUCGAGAAUGCACAUGUGCCACCACCUACUCCCCGGCCCCAAGGUCCGGCGACGGAACCUGUUGUGACAGAGCGCCCGACCAGUGAUAUUCUCAAGCAGGCCGUCAAGGCCAAUGGCCUUCGCAAUGACUGGACAAAGGAGGAGAUCUCGGCCAUCUACAACCACCCGCUGAUGGACCUUGCUUUCCAGGCGGGAACUGUUCAUCGCCGGUUCCACAACCCGGCCGAGGUGCAGCUGUGCACGCUGAUGAACAUCAAGACGGGCGGCUGUAGCGAGGACUGUAGCUACUGCGCUCAGUCGACGCGCUACCAGACUGGCGUCAAGGCGCAGCGUGUCGAGCCCGUCGAGGCGGUCCUCGAGGCGGCGCGCACGGCAAAGGCCAACGGCAGCACGCGGUUCUGCAUGGGCGCCGCGUGGCGCGACAUGCGCGGGCGCAAGAACUCGCUCAAGAACAUCAAGGCCAUGGUUGAGGGCGUCCGCGCCCUCGACAUGGAGGUCUGCGUGACGCUGGGCAUGAUCGACGACCAGCAGGCCAGGGAGCUCAAGGAGGCCGGCCUGACUGCCUAUAACCACAACGUCGAUACCAGCCGCGAAUUUUACCCUUCGGUUAUCACCACACGAACCUACGACGAGCGGCUCAAGACGCUGUCGCAUGUGCGCGACGCCGGCCUCAACGUCUGCUCAGGAGGCAUUCUUGGCCUGGGCGAGAAGGCCGAGGACCACAUCGGGCUUCUCCACACCGUAUCCACGCUGCCCUCGCACCCAGAGAGCUUCCCCGUCAACGCUCUCGUGCCCAUCAAGGGUACGCCGCUGGGCGAGAAGGCCCCCAUCGAGUUUACGGCCAUCCUGCGCACCAUUUCCACGGCCCGCAUCCUGAUGCCCAGCACCAUCAUCCGCAUCGCCGCGGGCAGGAAGACGAUGAGCGAGGAGAAGCAGGCGCUGUGUUUCAUGGCUGGGGCCAACGCCAUCUUCACCGGUGAGAAGAUGCUUACAACGGAGUGCAACGGCUGGGAUGAAGAUGGCGAGAUGUUCAAGCGCUGGGGCCUGGUGCCUAUGAAGAGCUUUGAGAAGAGCCCUAAGCCGCAGCCGGAGCUGUAGGAAGAGGGAUUCUGCCAGAUCUAUACGUGCAUGAAAGUAGAUCAAAUCCAAAUAGACGCGAAAACAA